AUGAGCCACGAGCAUAAAGCUCUUGCUGCGGAGCACCGGAUUGCUUUAGCAGAGGCUUUGGAGGCACCUACCCUGCAUGCCCUUGAAACUCUUUACAUCGAGAUGAGUUAUGAGACGCCGCAGAACCACAGUUAUCAGACUGCGUUAGCUCAUGACCCAGACUACCCGCACGGUGACUCGCUGAACCUGGCAGUGUUCAAACUGGCCCAACGAAGUCUUCGAGAGCUAUAUCUCGGCGAGAGUUGGCCUAUUUCUUCCGCUAUAUGGGGAGCAUGCGAUGGUAUCAGCGAGAGCUUAUUCCCCUACUUGAAGAUUGUCCAUGUCGAUUUUCCUCUCAUCACCUACGAUGGCGGAUGGCUAUACACCGGUAAUCCCGAUGAUGCGCGGGUGUGGGGAGCUCUCAGUCCGCAGUCUCCGCUACUGGACCCCGGCUCUGAUUUAGACUCCAAUUCUCCAUUCAACCCCGAACACGCCGAGAAAAUAUACCCCGGUUAUCAUAAUAUGGAGGGAAAUGGGGAUCAUCCAUGGCAUGAGUGGAGAGUGCAUCCAGAUCCCGAGAUUUUCCACCCUAUUCUCGCGGCAAUGGCGAACGCGGUGCUGAGAAUGCCAAACCUAGAGCAUCUGAGACUCAGGCUGGUACCCAAUAUAGAUUGGUGUUGCUCGGGAGGAUCUAACGAGCCUAUGGAGUCGACAAGGCACUUCGACAUCUGUCUCAACUACUUGCACGGUGAGCAUCUGACACCUAUACUUCCCCUAUGCUACCGCGUCGGGCGGCCUGAGAAACCAAAAUGGAUUGUUGAGUCUGGUCUGGAAGGAAUCUGGGAGAUUCCGGAAGACAUCCGGGACAUCAUGAAGCAAGCCGUUGGAGAGGACGGGAAAGUAUUCAUGCUCGACCCAGAGGCCGACGUCCGCGCAACAUUGGGCCCGGAUGUCAUUGCCAUUAUUGAAAGGGGCCGUUCUUUACUCUAA